AUACCUUAUUACUGAAAAUAGGUGUUCUUUGCCCCACAGCCGCCAACGAUAAACCCAGUUAAUCUGGUUGUAGAAGGCUCCAGUAUGACCAUCCUUUGCAUCGCUAUGGGAACGCCGACACCUACAAUUUCUCUGUACAUUUCUGGCCGCUUGGUGAGACAAGAAGUAACCAGGCACAUGGUGACGGUGAUCCACAACGUGACUCGCGACAUGGAUCAGAUUUCGUGCUACGCAGACAACGGCUACGGCACGCCCAUGCAGGCUUCUAGAAAAAUCAAUAUCUCACAUGUGCCAAUAAUCCAAGCAUCAGGCAUAACGAUGGCAGCUGCUGGAGACUCUGUUAUCUUAGAGUGUAGAGUCGAAGCCCUGCCCAAACCCAACAUUGCCUUCUGGAGAGACCCUAGCGGAAGAACCCCGGUCAUUGAUGGACCUAAUUAUAGCAUUCAGUUGCUGGCAGACCCAGAGGAGCAAACAAAAUACACAAUGCGAUUAAUAAUAAAGAAGAUAACAGAAACAGACGAAGGUGACUACUUUUGCCAUGCAGAGAACGCUUUCGGCAAGACGUUAAGACCGGUCUCAGUCAGGCUCAGGCCUUCGACACCCCAUCAUAACGUCACGGAGUGUUGCACUCAGAUGAACGUAUCAUCGGAAUGCAUAGAUGCAUGCAGCUUCCACUUGGAUAUGGACAACAUCAUGGAUCGACCAGAAUGCAUGAAUGACUUUGAGAAGCUCAUGAAGUGCGCUGCUGACGGAUCAGAUCACAGAAGCUGUUGCGCAUCAUGGGGCGUGCCUCGCAACUGCCUGGAGCUGUGCCGCGGAGGUUCAGUUUCAAAGGCCUGUGCUCUGACUCAUGCGAAACGCGCGCUGGCCUGCUUCAGAGACUCUGGAGCCAGGCUGCCAGGCCCGCCGAGAAAUCUAAGGGCCCACGUUGCACCGACUCCGAAUUCCGUUUUAUUGAGUUGGGAGCCACCUUUCAAGAAUCCUCAAACUGUGUACUUGUACCGCGUGUUCUGGCGCGCUUAUGGCGCCAAGGUGCCAGAGAAGCUAGACACCAGCGAAACCAGCGUAGUCAUCACUGGCUUACAGGACGAUGUGCGUUAUGAGUGCGUCGUGAAAGCUGCCAACGAUGUUGGUACUUCAUCAUUGAGCCUUCCGAUCAUGUUCACAACUGCUGGGCAAGAGACCGGCGCUGCAGCUGCACCGGUCGCGGGCAGCAGUACUGCGACAGCAGUCGGGCUCGCACUCGCCUGCAUUCUUGUGGCAGCCAUCGUGGCAGCUGCUGCUCUUUAUUAUAGACAUAGAAAGAACCUUAGACUUAAGGCGCAAGGUGGAGUAGCUUUUGAGAAUCCGAGCUACCUCAGGGAAUCAACAAAUCCCGAUACUGUUGUAAACGGUACCGGACCAACAUUACCAAAUGGAAGUGCAAAUGGCGGCACAGCCGUCGUGAACGGCGUCUCCAACAGCACAGCGUGGAGACAGGAGACCUUGCAGAAUCCAAGCACGGCCAUUCCUGCAGCGCGAGAAGUCGACCCCACGCUCUAUGAGGAGCUGAAACUCGGGCAGGAUGGUGCGGGAUUCAAGAGAUUGAAGCCAUAGCCCGAGGUAUCGCGCCGCUCGCCGCUCCGCUCGCCGCGGCUGUCGUCGCCGCGGGUGGCGCCGCGGUUCUGAGCGACGCGACGCGCCCCCGCGGUCGGCCGUCUCGCUCCCUCUCUCAGCCGUUGCUAUUUCUUCCGGGACUUGUGUUGAAUUGAUAACAGUAUGUUGAAUUUGUUGCUCUUUUUUGUUGCUCUUUCUACUAAGUUCAAAUCGAGAUGGGGUAACAGUUAAUUUAACAUCUAAACAGUUUUAAAAGAUAUAACCGAUUAAUUUGAGAAUGCAUUUCAGUUUCACACUGUUUUCAAUGCAACACUUCCCGGCCAGCUGUUAUUAAUAUCUUUAGUUGAUUUUUGUCAGAUUCUAAAAUUAGAUACUUUUGUUAAUUAAAAGUAUUGUUUUGUUUUUACGUUUGUAGUUUAAGGGUUGUGAUUCUUUUUGCAAAGAAUGAAGAGCGAGACUUAGUUUGUGUAAAAUUUAAAAAAAUAUCAUGUACAUUUGAUUGUACAGUAGCUUUUAAAAUCGAAAUGAAUGUGACAGCGGUGUUAGAUGUCUCUAACUCCGUAUUUUCUUUAUAAUAAUAAAGAAAAACAAUAUAAGAAAUGCAGUAUAUUUUCAAUAUCAUACUUGACGUGGUUUUAACCAGAAACCGAGCACCUCAUGUUCUUGUCAUUUUAUGUAAACGUUCUUUGCUAAUGAUUGUUAUGAAAAAGAAUAACUUUGAAAAUACUUUUUUAGGCAACAAUGAAAACCUACUAUAGCAUUGUAUUAAUAAAAUAAGUUACCCAAUAACUUAAGUGGAUUAUAUUUAAUAUUAGACUCAAAACUGCAACAAAUAAAAUUUUCUAAAAAAUGUUCUUUAAAAUAAUUUAUUCACUAUUUAUAAGAAUGUAAUAGGCAUGCAAUAUUAAAGCCACACCAUUAGUAAGAAUCAAAUUCCUUGCACAUUUUACGUGAUAAUAAAGCUAUUUGAUUUGAAAUUCCGUUUGCAUUCUUAGAAAAUGAACGUCAAAUUAAAAAAAAAAAGAAGUUAAAAAUAUUAAAUCAGCAAUGGCUUUUUCUUUCUCUUUGUACAGUCAUCAACAGAUCUCGGAAUAAACACGAGUACAUUUACCUAAACUACAAAUAUAAUAUACAUAGAGUGGAUAAUAAAUACCUCCCUCUAAAAUUAAAACAAAAUAAUUAUAUUUUUACGUACAAUUCCAAAACUUUUCUCCUAAAGACAGUACUAUAGUAAAAUAAUUUCGAGUAUUAAGUAAUAACACACAGUUAUUCCGAAAUUUCAGAGGAGGUAUUAUGCACUCUAUGUGGUUACUGGAAGUCACAAAAAGAAUUUGUCGAUUAUAAAGCCAAAAGCGUAAAUUUUCAUAAUAAUCGUCAGCAAAGUUAGAAAAGAAGUUCUAGAUAAAAAAGAAACUUCAGACAAUGAAAUAAUAGGUCAGGUAGAAUUCUACAAAGAUGUGCCUUCGAACAAUUAAAGUAGAUAGUGUAAUAAUAUAGUGUAGUGACCCUUGGGCCUAUAAAUUUGUACCUAAUGUAAAUAAAAUGUAUCAAAAAAAAAAUCUAGACCAUUCGUAGCAAGUUUGUACUGUGAAAUAUGUAAUUUCAAAAUAAGUGAAUUAUUUUUUACAGUUAUAUAGGGAAAAAAUUGAUAAGUAAUAUUCAUGUUGUGUAAGUUUAAUGCAGUUAAUACAGUUUUUCGUCUUAACAUAAUGCUCAAAGCAAACAUAAUAUGAAUUUUCUAGCACAAAAAUUAGAAUUGCCUAAUUUUGAGCGCUUGUUUUUAAUAAUUUUCUAUCGCUUCCUUUUUUUUGUGUAAAAAAAGUGAUCUCAUUAACUCCCAUUCAAUUUUCCGUAUUUUCAAAUUUCGAAGUAUACUUAAAAUAAGAAAAAUUUGGUUAAAAAAUAAUUUUGCUCGAUAAGCGAAACAUGUGAUGAAUAUUUUCUUCUCCUACACUAAUGUCAUAAUUUUAGAUAAAGACGGAUGUGAUUAGAUUUGUAAAUAAUAAAUAAAAAAUAUGAAUAC